AUGUCUGGCUGGAACACCAUUGACUCCGAUGCUGGAGUGUUUACAGAGCUAGUAGAAAAGCUAGGAGUGCAAGAUGUUCAAGUAGAUGAGCUUUUACUGAUUGAUACUGAAUCACUUCAAGCAUUAGGAUCAGUUUAUGGAGUGAUUUUCCUCUUUAAAUAUGGAUCUUUAGAUCGUCAAAUGGCUCAAGAGAAUAAGUUAUUCGAUGGUCAAUACGAUAAAUCAGAUCCUAGCCCUGUUUUUUUUGCUCAACAAACCAUCCAGAAUGCUUGUGCCACCCAAGCUGUUCUUAAUAUACUUUUGAAUCAGCCCCAAACCGCCAUUGCACUUGGUGAGAAUUUAACUGAUUUCAAGCUGUUUGUAACAGGGUUCGACCCCACGCUUGUGGGUGAUACCAUCGGUAAUAACGAAUUGAUUCGUAAGGUGCACAAUUCGUUUAGUGUUCCUAAUAUAGUGGCAGAUGAAGAUUUACCACUGUUAAAGGAAGAUGCUGAUGAAAGUAAAGGUGAAGGUGUUUAUCAUUUUAUUUCUUUUAUUCAUGCCAAUGGAGCUAUUUAUGAAUUGGAUGGAUUGAGACAAUAUCCUAUAAAACACGAUUUAGUCAACAACGAACAAGAGUUUUUGGAGAAGUUACCAAAUGUCAUUCACCGUCGGAUAGCUCAUUAUAAUGCCAAUGAACUUAGAUUCUCCUUAUUAGCCAUGACCAAUAAUAAGUUGGCAUAUUACGAGUCGAUUGGUGAUGUUUUAGGGUUGGAACAAGAAUUAUCGAAAAGAGAAGCCUGGUCUUUGGAAAAUGAACUCCGUAGAUAUAACCAUCUAUUCUUUACGGUUGAGUUGUUGAAAGGUAUUAUGAAUAAUAAUAAAGCAUAA